CAUGGUGAACCUGAGGAACGCGGUGCAUUCGUUCCUUGUGCACCUAAUUGGCCUAUUGGUUUGGCAAUGCGAUAUUUCUAUAAGCCCAGUAGCAGCUAUAGUAACUGACAUUUUCAAUACCUCCGAUGGUGGACGCUUCAAAUUCCCAGACGGGGUACAAAACUGGCCAGCAAUUUCAAUCGUCGUAAUAAUAAUCAUGACAAUAGGUGGCAACAUUCUCGUAAUCAUGGCAGUAAGCAUGGAAAAGAAACUGCACAAUGCCACCAAUUACUUCUUAAUGUCCCUAGCCAUUGCUGAUAUGCUAGUGGGACUCCUUGUCAUGCCACUGUCUCUGCUUGCAAUCCUUUAUGAUUAUGUCUGGCCACUACCUAGAUAUUUGUGCCCCGUCUGGAUAUCUUUAGAUGUUUUAUUUUCAACAGCGUCCAUCAUGCACCUCUGCGCUAUAUCGCUGGAUCGGUAUGUAGCAAUACGUAAUCCUAUUGAGCAUAGCCGUUUCAAUUCGCGGACUAAGGCCAUCAUGAAGAUUGCUAUUGUUUGGGCAAUAUCUAUAGGUGUGUCAGUUCCUAUCCCUGUGAUUGGACUGAGGGACGAAGACAAGGUGUUCGUGAACAACACGACGUGCGUGCUCAACGACCCAAAUUUCGUUCUUAUUGGGUCCUUCGUAGCUUUCUUCAUACCGCUGACGAUUAUGGUGAUCACGUAUUGCCUGACGAUCUACGUUCUUCGCAGACAAGCUUUGAUGUUACUGCAAGGCCACACCGAGGAACUGCCUGGACUGAGCCUGGAUUUCCUGAAGUGCUGCAAGAGGAACACCGCUGACGAAGAGAACUCUGCCAACCCUAACCAAGAUCAGAACGCAGGUCGCCGAAGAAAGAAGGAGAGACGUCCGAGGGGCACCAUGCAGGCUAUCAACAAUGAGAAGAAAGCCUCGAAAGUCCUUGGCAUUGUUUUCUUUGUGUUUCUGGUCAUGUGGUGCCCGUUUUUCAUUACCAAUAUUCUGUCAGUUCUUUGUGGGAAGGCCUGUAACCAAAAGCUCAUGGAAAAGCUUCUGAAUGUGUUUGUUUGGAUAGGCUAUGUUUGUUCAGGAAUUAAUCCUCUGGUGUACACGCUCUUCAACAAAACUUACCGAAGGGCUUUCUCCAACUACUUGCGCUGCAAUUAUAAGCCUGAGAGGAAGCCGCCUGUCAGACAGAUUCCAAGAGUUGCCGCCACUGCUUUGUCUGGGAGGGAGCUUAAUGUUAACAUUUAUCGGCAUACCAAUGAACAGGUGGUUAAGAAAGCUAGCGACAACGAGCCUGGUAUGGAGAUGCAAGUUGAGAAUUUGGAGCUCCCAGUAAAUCCCUCUAAUGUGGUUAGCGAAAGGAUUAGUAGUGUGUGA